AUGAUGUCGAAAACACAUACACAGCCCUCGUCGGUGACUACGACCACCGGUGGCCCUUCCUCCUCCUCCUCUUCCUCCUCGCCCGCAGGAGGCACGACUUCUCCCGCCAACGUCCUGCACGUACAGCCUGAGAAACCUCAACACUAUACGUACGUAGACCAUAUAUACACACGCACAACCUCACGUGUGUAGGUAAACAUACCUAAACAUCACGGAAGUUAAGAGAACUAGUUCAGUUGCUCAUGUCGGAUUUGAAUUAAAGUAUUCUCUAUCAGUUAUCUCAGGUUUGGAUUAGUGUGUACCCGUUCUAGAGGCCUACUCGUGACUGAGUUGGUGUGUUUUGGAUAGGCAGAGGUGGACUGUUUGGGGAGCUGUCAGUGUUUAGCUAUCCAUAUGUAGAGUUGACCUGAGUUAACAUUUUCUGUCUGGAUAUUAUAAAAUGCAAUACAAUUACAAUGUAAGACACUAAUAAGAUUUGAUUUAAUGGUUGGUCUAAUGGCCCAUAAGUUAUCUUUGUGUGUCUGUGUUUCUGAGAGAGUUAGAGGGACAUGUUUACAUCUGCAACAUAGUUGCGAUAAAAUAAUAAAAUAAAAAUAAAUAAUAACAUAGUUGCAAUAACACCUGCAGCUUGCUUUAGUUAUCGUUUGGUGUCAAAUAUAAGACAUGCACUAACACACUACUCAUUAAUCACCACCAUCUCCUCUCUUUCCCUCUCUGCCCCCCCCCCCCCCCCAUGCAGGUAUCUGAAGGAGUUCAGGACAGAACAGUGUCCUUUGUUUGUACAGCACAAGUGUACCCAGCACCGGCCCUUUGCCUGCUUCCACUGGCACUUCCUGAACCAGCGGCGCCGCAGACCCAUCCGCAGGCGGGACGGAACCUUUAACUACAGCCCAGACGUCUACUGCACCAAAUACGACGAGGGCACAGGCACCUGCCCUGAUGGGGACGAGUGAGUGUGUGUCAGAGAGAGAGAGUGUGUGUCUGUGUGCUGGGGAUUUUUAUUUUAUUUAAUGUAUUGGUACUCAGAUAGCAAAUAGACAGAGACAGUCUUGUUUUCUUCAAUAAAGCCAAUGUUUUUGGGGCAAAAGAAUGGUCAAGCCUUGAGUUCCCGACAUGAAUAUAUACUGAACUUCCUCUGUGGUCCUCUGUAGCUCAGCUGGUAGAGCACGGCGCUUGUAACGCCAAGGUAGUGGUUUCGAUCCCCGGGACCACCCAUACAGAAAAAAAAAAAAUGCUUUUGAUAAAAGCGUCUGCUAAAUGGCAUAUUAUUUUAUUAUUAUAAAGCACCUGGGAUUGGGAUUUAUUUUCAGAUUGAGGGUACUGUUUAUCAAUGAAGUGAGAGGAUACGCCCACUAACGACUAGCACCUGUAACCAUUCCGGUGAAUAGCUGAAGUGAUGGCUGUUGACUGCUGUGAUUUGCAGCUGAAAGCAGCACCACUCUCCCCACCUCCGGGCCAACUCAGUCAGAUCAGGAGAAGUGCUGACACAUUAUCACUUUCACACUGUCAAACUAUUAACACACACAAGGGGAAAACUAAUGAUGAAGACGGUAGCUCUGAGCCAAUAUCACGUAACCCAUCAAGAUGUGUACGUUGUUUUCCCAUGUAUGUUUUUAUCAUUUACAAUAAUUGUGUCUCUCUAUGGUGUGAUUUCCAGAUGUCCGUUCCUGCAUCGUACGGCGGGCGACACAGAGCGGAGGUACCAUCUGAGAUACUAUAAGACAGGUUCCUGUAUCCACGAGACGGACGGGAAGGGCCACUGCAGUAAGAACGGCUCCCACUGCGCCUUUGCACACGGAUCACAUGACCUACGAUGUCCCGUCUACGACAUCAGGUAGAGUAGAGACGCGUCAUACAAUGUAAUGACCCAAAGCCACAGAUGGGGUCUCAAUCUUGUAGUCUAAGCUCUUUGUCUGUUUCAUUGUUCUGUUUCUAACUGGUCUCGUCCCCCUCUCCAGGGAGGUGCAGGUGAUAGAGUCUCAGGGGGGGUCGGGGGCUGCAGAGGGAGGAGAAGGGGAGGGCCAGUCGGGGCUGGCGGCCAGUACCGCCCUCAUUGAGAAGAUCUUGAGUGAGGAACCCCGUUGGCAGGGUACGACUAUACACACAACACAUUACAUCCUUUAACUGACCUAGGAAGAUUCCGUACAGUAUGAAGGCCAUGAUUCCAAUGCUAAUACAAUCUUCUCUCUCUCUCUUCUCUCUUCUUUCUCUCUCCCUCCCUCCUCUGUGUCUCUCUCUCUCGCUCUCUCUCUCGCUCUCUCUCUCUCUGUAGAUAACAACUAUGUGUUGUCCCGCUACAAGACAGAUCUGUGUAAAAAACCUCCUCGUCUGUGUCGCCAAGGUUACGCCUGUCCCUACUACCACAACAGCAAAGACAGGCGGCGUAGUCCACACACACACAAAUACAGGUACAAAACAUGCACACAUCCAUUUGACACACACAUGUGAUAUGGCUUGAACCAUCUGUUUUUGUUUACUUGUUGUGUCCCAAAAACAAUAAUAAAGUGUGGUCUCUCUUUGUCGCUCUCUCUGUCUCUCUCUCUCUCUCUCUCUCUCUCUCUCUCUCUCUCUCUGUCUCUCUCUGUCUCUGUCUCUGUCUCUGUCUCUGUCUCUCUCUCUCUCUCUCUCUCUCUCUCUCUCUCUCUCUCUCUCUCUCUCUCUCUCUCUCUCUCUCUCUCUCUCUCUCUCUCUCUCUCUCUCUGUCUAUCUCUGUCUCUCUCGCUCUCUCUCUCUCUCUCUCUCUCUCUCUCAAUUUCAAUUCAAUUCAAUUUAAGGGCUUUAUUGGCAUGGGAAACAUGUGUUAACAUUGCCAAAGCAAGUGAAGUAGAUAGUAAACAAAAGUGAAAUAAACAAUAAAUAUUAACAGUAAACAUUACACUCAGAAGUUUCAAAAGAAUAAAGACAUUUCAAAUGUCAUAUUAUGUAUAUAUACAGUGUUGUAACAAUGUGCAAAUAGUUAACGUACAAAUGGGAAAAUAAAUAAACAUAAAUAUGGGUUGUAUUUACAAUGGUGUUUGUUCUUCACUGGUUGCCCUUUUCUUGUGGCAAAAAGGUCACAAAUCUUGCAGCUGUGAUGGCACACUGUGGUUUUUCACCCAGUAGAUAAGGGAGUUUAUCAAAAUUGGAUUUGUUUUCGAAUUCUUUGUGGAUCGCUGUAAUCUGAGGGAAAUAUGUGUCUCUAAUAUGGUCAUACAUUUGGCAGGAGGUUAGGAAGUGCAGCUCAGUUUCCACCUCAUUUUGUGGGCAGUGUGCACAUAGCCUGUCUUCUCUUGAGAGCCAGGUCUGCCUACGGCGGCCUUUCUCAAUAGCAAGGCUAUGCUCACUGAGUCUGUACAUAGUCAAAGCUUUCCUUAAGUUUGGGUCAGUCACAGUGGUCAGGUAUUCUGCCACUGUGUACUCUCUGUUUAGGGCCAAAUAGCAUUCUAGUUUGCUCUGUUUUUUUGUUUGUUCUUUCCAAUGUGUCAAGUAAUUCUCUUUUUGUUUUCUCAUGAUUUGGUUGGGUCUAAUUGUGUUGUUGUUGUUGUCCUGGGGCUGUGUGGGGUCUGUUUGUGUUUGUGAACAGAGCCCCAGGACAAGCUUACUUAGGGGACUCUUCUCCAAGUUCACCUCUCUGUAGGUGAUGGCUUUGUUAUGGAAGGUUUGGGAAUCGCUUCCUUUUAAGUGGUUAUAGAAUUUAACGGCUCUUUUCUGGAUUUUGAUAAUUAGCGGGUAUUGGCCUAAUUCUGCUCUGCAUGCAUUAUUUGGUGUUUUACGUUGUACACGGAGGAUGUUUUUGCAGAAUUCUGCAUGCAGAGUCUCAAUUUGGUGUUUGUCCCAUUUUGUGAAUUCUUGGUUGGUGAGCGGACCCCAGACCUCAGAACCAUAAAGGGCAAUGGGUUCUAUAACUGAUUCAAGUAUUUUUAGCGAGAUCCUAAUUGGUAUGUCAAAUUUUAUGUUCCUUUUGAUGGCAUAGAAGGCCCUUCUUGCCUUGUCUCUCAGAUCGUUCACAGCUUUGUGGAAGUUACCUGUAGGCGCUGAUGUUUAGGCCGAGGUAUGUAUAGUUUUUUGUGUGCUCUAGGGCAACGGUGUCUAGAUGGAAUUUGUAUUUGUGGUCCUGGCAACUGGACCUUUUUUGGAACACCAUUAUUUUUGUCUUACUGAGAUUUACUGUCAGGGCCCAGGUCUGACAGAAUCUGUGCAGAAGAUCUAGGUGCUGCUGUAGACCCUCCUUGGUUGGUGACAGAAGCACCAGAUCGUCAGCAAACAGAAGACAUUUGACUUCAGAUUCUAGUAGGGUGAGGCCGGGUGCUGCAGACUGUUCUAGUGCCCUCGCCAAUUCGUUGAUAUAUAUGUUGAAGAGGGUGGGGCUUAAACUGCAUCCCUGUCUCACCCCACGGCCCUGUGGAAAGAAAUGUGUGUGUUUUUUGCCAAUUUUAACCGCACACUUGUUGUUUGUGUACAUGGAUUUUAUAAUGUCGUAUGUUUUUCCCCCAACCCCACUUUCCAUCAAUUUGUAUAGCAGACCCUCAUGGCCAAAUUGAGUCAAAAGCUUUUUUGAAAUCAACAAAGCAUGAGAAGACUUUGCCUUUGUUUUGGUUUGUUUGUUUGUCAAUUAGGGUGUGCAGGGUGAAUACGUGGUCUGUCGUACGGUAAUUUGGUAAAAAGCCAAUUUGACAUUUGCUCAGUACAUUGUUUUCACUGAGGAAAUGAACUAGUCUGCUGUUAAUGAUAAUGCAGAGGAUUUUCCCAAGGUUGCUGUUGACGCAUAUCCCACGGUAGUUAUUGGGGUCAAAUUUGUCUCCACUUUUGCGGAUUGGGGUGAUCAGUCCUUGGUUCCAGAUAUUGGGGGAAGAUGCCAGAGCUAAGGAUGAUGUUAAAGAGUUUAAGUAUAGCUAAUUGAAAUUUGUGGUCUGUGUAUUUUAUCAUUUCAUUGAGGAUACCAUCAACACCACAGGACUUUUUGGGUUGGAGGGUUUGUAUUUUGUCCUGUAGUUCAUUCAAUGUAAUUGGAGAAUCCAGUGGGUUCUGGUAGUCUUUAAUAGUUGAUUCUAAGAUUUGCAUUUGAUCAUGUAUAUUUUUUGCUGUUUGUUCUCUGUUAUAGGGCCAAAAAGAUUGGAGAAGUGGUUUACCCAUACAUCUCCGUUUUGGAUAGAUAACUCUUCGUGUUGUUGUUUGUUUAGUGUUUUCCAAUUUUCCCAGAAGUGGUUAGAGUCUAUGGAUUCUUCAAUUACAUUGAGCUGAUUUCUGACAUGCUGUUCCUUCUUUUUCCGUAGUGUAUUUCUGUAUUGUUUUAGUGAUUCACCAUAGUGAAGGCGUAGGCUCAGGUUUUCUGGGUCUCUAUGUUUUUGGUUGGAUAGGUUUCUCAAUUUCUUUCUUAGGUUUUUGCAUUCUUCAUCAAACCAUUUAUCACUGUUAUUACUUUUCUUUGGUUUUCUGUUAGAGAUUUUUAGAUUUGAUAGGGAAGCUGAGAGGUCAAAUAUACUGUUUAGGUUUUCUACUGCCAAGUUUACACCUUCACUAUUACAGUGGAACGUUUUGUCCAGGAAGUUGUCUAGAAUGGAUUGAAUUUGUUGUUUCCUAAUUGUUUUUUGGUAGGUUUCAACACUACUCUCUCUCUCUCUCUCUCUCUCUCUCUCUCUCUGUCUCUCUCUCUCUCCAGAGCGCUGCCGUGCCCAGCUGUGAAGCACAGUGAGGAGUGGGGAGACCCCAGUAAGUGUGAAGGUGAAGAGGGAUGCCAGUACUGCCACACACGUAGCGAGCAGCAGUUUCACCCUGAGGUACGUGGUGAGGUCCAUCCUAACUUUAGAAACGAGCUCCUCAUCUCAAAACAUAACUACGUCAUCCAUUUAUAGCAUUGGCAGAUGCUGUGCCAAAGUACGAGUUAGCAACAUUUGCUUAACACGAGACAGAACUCUAUGUUCAAUGAUUGUUUGUCUGAUGUUCCCCUCCAGAUCUAUAAAUCCUCCAGGUGUAAUGACAUGCAACAGUGUGGCAGCUGCCCCAGAGGCCCUUUCUGUGCCUUUGCACACCUAGACAACAGUAAGUGUCUUACAACAACCCCAUAAUCAUGUGGUAUGAUUAAGCAAUAAGGCCAGAGGAGGUGUGAUAUAUGGCCAAUAUACCAUGGCUAAGGGCUGUUCUUAGGCACUACGCAUUGCGGGGUGCCUUAUUGCUAUUAUAAACUGCUUACCAAUAUAAUUAGAGCAGUACAAAUAAAUGUUUUGUCAUACCCAUGGUAUACCAUGGCUGUCAGGCAAUCAGCAUUCAGGGCUCGAACCAUCCAGUUUAUAAUGAUAGUUAGCAAGUAAGGAACUGAUCUACUCUUUUUCUCCAACCUGUCCCCCAGAGCCCCCUAUCAGUGAAGAACCUUUGUUUCAGACCCCCAGCUCCCCACCUCUCCCCCCAGGACCCCUGGACCCUUACCCUUCCCAAGAGGGAUGCUCCAGCCCUGGGAGCCGAGGUGGGAGGUCUGGGUCUCUGUCUGGAGGUCCGUUCUCCCCGUCAGGGGGGUUGUGUGUGGCAGAGCAGGGCCUGUUAGGGAGGGUGCUGUCGAUGUGUGGGGGAGGCGAACCCCACUCCCCCUGGGCUAGAGAGGGGGGGUACGGUAGGGCACCGGGGUACGAGAGGGAAGACCAGGCCAAACAGAAGAGUUUUGCCAUGGAGCAACGCAACAGAGAAAUGGCGUACCAUCUCAGCAAACAGGUACCUUUUUAUUGUUGUCAAAAUCAACCAGCUUCUAACUAUCAAACUAUACUGAACAAAAAUAUAAACGCAACAUGUAAAGUGUUGGUCCCAUGUUUCAUGAACUGAAAUAAAAGAUCCCAGAAAUGUUCCAUUUGUUCCAUGCUGACUGAAGACCUAGAUAGCCAGUAACUACACAGAACAAAAAUAUAAUUUUUCGCUUUUUAAACAACUAAUUGACCGACGUCGGUUCAAUUAUUUGAAUUAAAUUUAGUUUGUGUUUUUUUCUGUGGGCUCAAUGCGCAAAUUGCACAUUGUUUCUCUAGAGAUAAAUAAAAUCCAGCCUGAACUGUACGAUGUCAACUGAACAAAAAUAUAAACGCAACAUGUAAAGUGUUGGUCCCAUGUUUCAUGAGCUGAAGUAAAAGAUCCCAGAAAUGUUCCAUAUGCACAAAAAGCUUACAGUAUUUCUCUCACAUUUGUUUACAUCCCUGUUAGUCAGCAUUUCACCUUUGCCAAGAUAAUCCAUCCACCUGACAAGUGUGGCAUAUGAAGAAGCUGAUUAAACAGCAUGAUCAUUACACAGGUGCACCUUGUGCUGUGGACAAUAAAAGACCGCUCUAAAAUGUGCAGUUUUAACACACAACACAAUGCCACAGAUGUCUCAAGUUGAGGGAGUGUGCAAUUGGCAUGCUGGCUGGAGGAAUGUCCACCAGAGCUUUUGCCAGAGAAUUGAAUGUUCAUUUCUCUACCAUAAGCCGCCUCCAACAUAAUUUUAGAGAAUUUGGCAGUACGUCCAACCACCCUCACAACAGCAGACCACGUGUAACCACACCAGCCCAGGACCUCCACAUCCGGCUUCUUCACCUGCGGGAUCGUCUGAGACCAACCACCCGGACAGCUGAUGAAACUGAGGAGUAUUUCUGCCCUUUUGUGGGGAAAAACUCAUUCUGAUUGGCUGGGCCUGGCUCCCAAGUGGGUGGGCCUAUGCCCUCUCAGCUUCACCCAUGGUUGCGCCCCUGCCCAGUCAUGUGAAAUCCAUAGAUAAGGGCCUAAUUAAUUUAUUUCAAUUGACUGAUUUCCUUAUAUGAACUGUAACUCAGUAAAAUCUUUGAAAUUGUUGCAUGUGCGUUUAUAUUUUUGUUCAUUAUAUAAUUAGACAUUAUUGGCCAGGGUUUCUGUUGCUGCUUCAGCCAGCAUGUCAUUGUCUUGCUGUCUCAUUGUCUUGCUGUCUCGUUGUCUCGCUGUCUCGUUGUCUCGCUGUCUCAAUGUCUUGUUGUCUUGCUGUCUCAUUGUCUUGCUGUCUCAUUGUCUUGUUGUCUCGCUGUCUCGUUGUCUUGCUGUCUUGUUGUCUUGCUGUCUCAUUGUCUUGCUGUCUCGUUGUCUUGCUGUCUCGUUGUCUUGUUGUCUCGCUGUCUCCUUGUCUUGUUGUCUCGCUGUCUCGUUGUCUCGCUGUCUCGUUGUCUCGCUGUCUCAUUGUCUCAUUGUCUCGCUGUCUCAUUGUCUCACUGUCUCAUUGUCUCGCUGUCUCAUUGUCUCGCUGUCUCAUUGUCUUGCUGUCUCAUUUCGCUGUCUCAUUGUCUCACUGUCUCAUUGUCUUGCUGUCUCAUUGUCUCGCUGUCUCAUUGUCUCGCUGUCUCAUUGUCUUGCUGUCUCAUUGUCUUACUGUCUCAUUGUCUCGCUGUCUCAUUGUCUCGCUGUCUCAUUGUCUCGCUGUCUCAUUGUCUCGCUGUCUCAUUGUCUCGCUGUCUCAUUGUCUCGCUGUCUCAUUGUCUCGCUGUCUCAUUGUCUCGCUGUCUCAUUGUCUCGCUGUCUCAUUGUCUUGCUGUCUCAUUGUCUUGCUGUCUCAUUGUCUCAUUGUCUUGCUGUCUCAUUGUCUUGCUGUCUCAUUGUCUCGCUGUCUCAUUGUCUUGCUGUCUCAUUGUCUUGCUGUCUCAUUGUCUUGCUUGUUCACGUUGUUGAAUGCAGAAACUAUUAGGCUACAUAGCUUAUUGCACUAUAACUAUACUAUAACUAACUUAACUAACUAUACUAUAACUAUACUAACUAAUAUACUACUAUAACACUAACUAAAUACAACUAACUAUAACUAACUAACUAUACAUACUAACUAUACUAUAACUAUACUAAACUAACUAUAAUACUAUAACUAACUAUAACUAUACCUAUAACUAUACAACUAUACUAUACUAUAACUAACUAACUAUACUAUAAACUAACUAUAACUAACUACUACUAAACUAACUAUAACUAUACUAACUAUAACUAUCCAUAACUAUAACUAACUAACUAAACUAUACUAUAACUAACUAUAACUAUACUAUAACUAUCCCAUAACUAACUAUAACUAUACUAUAACUAUACUAUAACUAUACUAUAACUAUACUAUAACUAUACUAUAACUAACUAUAACUAUAAUAUAGCUAUACUAUAACUAUACCCAACCCACUGUUAGUCUGCAUAUAGAUAGUAUCACCACCCUUCUGCUCUGUCUCUGUUCUCUCUCUCUCUUGUUCCCCCCCUCUCUCGCUCUCUCUCUCUCUCUGUUCUCUCUCUCUCUCUCUCUCUCUCUCUCUCUCUCCUCUCUCUCUCUCUCUCUCUCUCUCUCUCUCUCUCUCUCUCCUGCCCCCCCCCUCUCUUUCUCUCUCUCUCUAGGAUCUGUUGGUGUUCCUCCCAGUGGGUAGUCCUCUGAGUCUGUCCUCCAGUGUUCCCUCCAGCCUGGCAGCCACCCCUCCCAGCCCGGCCCCUCCAGGACCCCUACACCAGGGCCACCACGGAGCCCCAACACCAGGCCUCUCCUCGGGCAUGAAUGCCAACGCACUGCCCUUCUACCCCACCAGCGACACCGUCGAGUCUGUAGUUGGUGAGUCAGUCACAUAGGCACAGAAUACUCUUUCAACUCUUAUUACUCUUAGUCAGAGCAGCUGGCCACUGUACAAGCAGCUGGCCACUGUACAAGCAGCUGGCCACUGUACAAGCAGCUGGCCACUGUACAAGCAGCUGGCCACUGUACAAGCAGCUGGCCACUGUACAAGCAGCUGGCCACUGUACAAGCAGCUGGCCACUGUACAAGCAGCUAACUAUUGUAGUUUACUUCCUAACAUUCCAUUAAAUAAAAAAUGGGGCAAUUACAUAGGAUAUAUCUGAAGAGUAUUGACACGGGAUCACUUGAUUAACGUGGGACCAGGGCUCUAAAUGAAAAAAUUUCAUUGGUAGCACUGGUGCUCCCAACUUAAAAAAGUUAGGAGCACAACAUAAAAUCUAUAAGCACAAGAAUAUAUAUCUGUUUAAUUGAUUGGGAUAUAGCAUAUUAGGCCAAUAUGAAUUCUAGCAACUUUUGAAGCACAUGUUGAGCUCCAGAAACUAUUAUUCAACCCUGUAAAGACAUUUGUUUAUUAUAAGAACCUAAAAUGAUGAUACAAAAAAUCUGCCAUUGAAAUUGCAAAGUCAUUUGUAGAAUAAGUUUCUACAUUGUGUAAAAGCACUAACUAUUGAGAUGAGUUACAUUGGAAAUUCUACACUGCCUCUUUAAGAGCGUCAAGUUAGUGAGUGGCGACAUGCGAGGGAUCAGUCAUUCAUUCAUUCUACGAUCAUUGAUCUUCUAAAGAAGCUAUCCCUUUUCCUUUCUGUGCCCCCAGAUGUUUAGAUAUACUGGUAAAGUAACCAGGUUGUUAGCUAGCUAGCUAAUGAGAUAACAAGACUGAACAAGGUGUAAACAAAUGCCAGUGAGUGGUUUUGGAACUGACCUUCGACAUGGUUUUUGAACAGGGCCUACAAACUAACUAUUUGGUCCACUGGCAGGUAGAUGAAAAAAUCUACCAGCCACUCAGAAUUUUACCAGCUAAUACAUUUAACACCAAAACAUUCUCCAGGUUUUGGAUUUCCCCCAUUGUUUUCAGCUAUUCACUCUCAAAAUGCACUUUUCAAAGUCCACAACUAUGCUUAAACCACACCAGGAGACCACUUUUGUGGUCUGGGGAAGAAAAAUAUAUAAAUAUUUAGAAGGGUAUAGUUGCUUUUUAAUUUCAAUUGCCCACCUCAAGAGACUGGUGUUUGGCUGGUGGUGUUACAGUUGAAGUCGAUGAAGUUUACAUACACCUUAGCCAAAUACAUUUAAACUCAAUUUUUCACAAUUCCUGAUAUUUAAUCCUAGUAAAAAUUCCCUGUUUUAGGUCAGUUAGGAUCACCACUUUAUUUUAAGAAUGUGAAAUGUCAGAAUAAUAGUAGAGAGAAUGAUUUAUUUCAUCACAUUCCCAGUGGGUCAGAAGUUUACAUACACUCAAUUAGUAUUUGGUAGCAUUGCCUUUAAAUUGUUUAACUUGGGUCAAACAUUUCAGGUAGCCUUCCACAAGCUUCCCACAAUAAGUUGCGUGAAUUUUGGCCCAUUCUCCUGACAGAGCUGGUUUAACAGUCAGGUUUGUAGGCCUCCUUGCUCGCACACACUUUUUCAGUUCUGGCCACACAUUUUCUAUAGGAUUGAGGUCAGGGCUUUGUGAUGGCCACUCCAAUACCUUGACUUUGUUGUCCUUAAGCCAUUUUGCCACAACUUUGGAAGUAUGCUUGGGGUCAUUGUCCAUUUGGAAGACCCAUUUGCGACCAAGCUUUAACUUCCUGACUGAUGUCUUGAGAUGUUGCUUCAAUAUAUCCAAAUAAUUUUCCUUCCUCAUGAUGCCAUCUAAGUGCACCAGUCUCUCCUGCAGCAAAGCACCCCCACAGCAUGAUGCUGCCACCCCCGUGCUUCACGGUUGGGAUGGUGUUCUUCGGCUUGCAAGUUCCUCCUUUUUCCUCCAAACAUAACAAUGGUCAUUAUGGCCAAACAGUUAUAUUUUUGUUUAAUCAGACCAGAGGACAUUUCUCCAAAAAGUACGAUCUUUGUCCCCAUGUGCAGUUGCAAACCGUAGUCUGGCUUUUCUAUGGCGGUUUUGGAGCAGUGGCUUCUUCCUUGCUGAGCGGCCUUUCAGGUUAUGUCGAUAUUGGACUCGCUUUACUGUGGAUAUAGAUACUUUUGUACCUGUUUCCUCCAGCAUCUUCACAAGGUCCUUUGCUGUUGUUUUGGGAUUGAUUUGCACUUUUUGCACCAAAGUACAUUCAUCUCUAGGAGACAGAACGCAUCUCCUUCCUGAGCGGUAUGAUGGCUGCGUGGUCCCAUGGUAUUUAUACUUGCGUACUAUUGUUUGUACAGAUGAACAUGGUACCUUCAGGUAUUUGGACAUUGCUCCCAAGGAUGAACCAGACUUAUGGAGGUCUACAAAUUGUUUUCUGGGGUCUUGGCUGAUUUCUUUUGAUUUUACCAUGAUGUCCCACGAAGUUGCCAAAACUAUAGUUUUUUAACAAUAAAUUUGUGGAGUGGUUGAAAAACGAGUUUUAAUGGCUCCAACCUAUGUGUAUAUCAACCUCCGACUUCAACUGUAUGUAAUGCAUGCGCAAUAGCAGAGUUAGCAAAACAAAAGACCACCCGAUUGAUAAAACCCAUCAUCGUAUCAUUCUGCCAGGUAAGUCUACUUUAUGGGAAAGCCUUUAGAAAUGACUGGCUGGCUACACAAAGUGGUAGACACAGGCAUUCCCAUGUCUUCAUAAAGUUGCAAGAAAUACAAAUUCACUGAUGCGUUCUUUAAUAUGCUUUACAUGUACAGUGCUGCGAAAGUAUUCACCCCCUUUGCAUUUCUAGGGCCCCACCAUAAAUGGAUUACACAACAUCCCACCACUUUGAGUCAACAUUUUUUUGUUAAACAAACAAGAAUAACAAAAAAACUGAAACCACGUGCAUAACUAUCCCCCCCCCCCCCCCCAAGUCAAUACUUUGUAGAGCCACUUUUGCAAGCGCAACUUACAGCUGCAAGGCUUUUGGGGUAGUCUCUAUAAGUUGGCAAAUAUAGCCACGGGGAUUCUGCCCAUCUUCAAGCAAAAACUGCUCAGCUCCUUUCAAGUGGAUGGGGUUCCGCUGGUUGUACAGCAAUCUCUUAAGUCAUAAUCACAGAUUCUUCAAUUGGAUUGAGGCUGGGCUUUUUGACUAGGCCAUUCCAAGACAUUUCUAAAAUGUUUCCCUUAAACCACUCGAGUGUUGCUUUAGCAGUAUGCUUAGGGUCAUUGUCCUGCUGGAAGGUGAACCUCCAUCCCAGUCUCAAAUCUCUGGAAGACUGAAACAGGUUUCCCUCAAGAAUUUCCCUGUAUUUAGCGCCAUCCAUCAUUCCUUCAAUUCUGACCAGUUUCCCAGUUCCUGCCGAUUAAAAAACAUCCCCACAGCAUGAUGCUGCCACCACCAUGCUUCACUGCGGGAUGGUGUUCUCGGGUGAUGAGAGGUGUUGGGUUGCGCCAGACAUAGCAUUUCCUUGAUGGCCACCAUAUGCCUCAAUUUUUUUACUUAAUCAGUCACAUCUGAGCCUAGUAGUGAGCCUUCAUUGCCUAUGUUGUUGCAACGCCAUGCUCCAGAAAUGCGGUCUCCCAUAUCAGGAUGUCCUUGGUCUUGGCGCACACACCAUCAACAGGCUCUAUUUGGUGUGCCUUCUCUGUUAAGCAUGGCUUUUUUCUGGCCACUCUUACGUAAAGCCCAGCUCUGUGGAGUGUAUGGCUUAAAGUGGACCUAUGGACAGAUACUUCCGAUAUCUCCGCUAUGGAACUUUGCAGCUCCUUCAGGGUUUCUUUGGUGUCUUUGUUGCCUCUCUGAUUAAUGCCCUCCUUGCCUGGUCCGUGAGUUUUGGUGGGCGGCCUUCUCUUGGCAGGUUUGUUGUGGUGCCAUAUUCUUUCAAUUUUUUAAUAAUGGAUUUAAUGGUGCUCCGUGGGAUGUCCAAAGUUUAGAAUAUUUUUUUAUAACCCAACCCUGAUCUGGACUUCUCCACAACUCUGGCCCUGACCUGUUUGGAGAGCUCCUUGGUCUUCAUGGUGCCGCUUGUUUGGUGGUGCCCCUUGCUUAGUGGUGUUGCAGACUCUGGGGCCUUUCAGAACAGAUGUGUAUAUAUACUGAGAUCAUGUGACAGAUCAUGUGACACUUAGAUUGCACACAGGUGGACUUCAUUUAACUAAUUAUGUGACUUCUGAAGGUAAUUGGUUGCACCAGAUCUUAUUUAGGGGCUUCAUAGCAAAGGGGGUGAAUACAUAUGCACGCACCACUUUUCUGUUAUUUACUAUUUAGAAGUUUUUGAAACAAGUUAUUUUUUUCAUUUCACUUCACAAAUUUGGACUGUUUGUGUAUGUCCAUUACAUGAAAUCCAAAUAAAAAUCAAUUUUAAUUACAGGUUGUAAUGCAACAAAAUAGGAAAAAUGCCAAGGGGGAUGGAUACUUUUGCAAGGCGCUGUAAGCUUUGGAUUGAUCGAACCGUCGCUCGCUUUUUUCUCUAGGGCACUCAGAAACAACUUCCCAGUGAAGCCUAUCAUUACAACUGUUAUUAUCUGCACUGGUGCACCCAAAAUAAAUUGUCAGGUUGAACAAAAAAAAAUAUCUAGGAACAUAUGUGACCAAAAUGUAUGCCCUUUAGAGCCCUGUGUGGGACAGAUCUGAGUAAGUAACAUUUAGUUUUUGUUGAUGUGUUGUAUAGAGUCAGCUCUGGAUGACCUGGACCUGAAUGACUUUGGGAUGUCUGCCCUGGAGAGAAGCCUGGACAGCAGCUCAGCUAUGCCCCGAGCCAUGCUGGGUGGGUAUGGAGCCGAGACACACACACACACACCUACCUGAGUGGAAUGUCAUGAUUGCUUGAUUAAAUUAUUGAUUGAUUCUGCAGGAGGGAACCAGCUCCAGAGUUCGGCUCCCGUCAACAUUCCAGGAUCCCUCUGCAGCUCCGCCCCUUUCAGCUCGCCCUCGCCCUCUCCACCAAUCAGAGCCCACCAGUCACCGUUCUUCUCCUCCCAUCUGUCGCAGCCCAGCCAAUCAGAAAGCAGCUUCUUGGGGCCAUCGCAUAGCUCUCUAGGUUUGUGGACAUGUUUUUAGAUUAUGUAUUUUUCUGCCCAAAUCCUGCUAGAUUAGAAAAAUGUGGCCAAACAUUUCCCAUACUUUCUAGAGACACCUCAAGUUAAUAAAUAUGUCCCAUGUGUCUCAUGUCUCCUGUAUUGCAGGUCUGAAUGGUGUGAGCAGUAGUAUCUGGGAGCACCCGUCAGGCCAGGGUUCCCCCGGUACGCCGCCGGCCCUGCUACCCACCAUGGGCCAGAGCGUGGAGACAGCCCGGGUCCGACAGGAACUAGACGAUACUAACAGACUACUGAAACACUGGGACCACACCUGGAGACAUACAGCACAGGUACGAGGAGUAGGUGUGUGUGUGUUAGUGUACGCCAAUAAACCAUCAAAAGGGUCAGACUUCAACAUUUUUCCCUCUUCCCCUUUCCUCCCUCUGUCGCUCCCUCCCUCUUUUCUCAUGUUUCUCCCAUCACCCUCUCUCUCUCCAUCCCUGCCCUCUCUCUCUUUCCAUCCUCGCCCUCUCUCUCUCUCUCUCUCUCCAUCUCUCUCUCUCUCUCUCUCUCAUCCCUGCCCUUUCUCUCUCUCUCUCUCCAUCCUCGCCCUCUCUCUCUCUCUCUCUCGCCACCCUCGCCCUCUCUCUCUCUCUUUCUCCAUCCUCGCCCUCUCUCUCUCUACAUCCCUCUCUCACUCCAGUCGUGGGCGGCUUUGAAGUCGGAUGCGGAGGAGUCUCGCGGCUCGGCCGGACGGUUAGCUUUAGAAGCAGAGCGUGCCAGGCAGGCUGAGGAGCAGGCGCAGAGACAGACCUCCUUCCUCCAGGAGGCGCUGGAGGGCAUGAGGGCAGGAGAAAACCCCCACCUGGCCCUGCACCAGCUACAGCUGAUCCACAGACUGCCUCUAGAGUCUGUCGUCAGUCUGCAGGCCCAGCUCUGUACAUGUCUACAAGCCGUGGAGCAGGUAGAGGACAGACACACACACACACACACAGAACCAUGCUUGUUGAUGUGAAACAUUCCCCAACUAACUAGCAGACUUUUCUCUCUCUUUCUCCCUAUAUUUCUCUUCUCUCUCACUCGCUCUCUCUCUCUCUCUCUCUCUCUCAUCCCCCCAUCCAGGUGGUGUAUAGAAAGCAGAGGCAGUGUUGUGUGAUGUGUGGAGGACAGGGCUCAGUCUCUCAGCCCUGUGGACACGGUCUACAGUGUGACAGCUGCUCUACAGAGUGCCCCCUCUGUCCAGAACAGACCCUGGAUCAGUUAUCCUGACCAAACUAGCUACAGCCCAGCAGAUCCCCCGACACUGAUCUCAGACCAGCCCUAUUCACUUACUCAAACAGCCCAGUUGACCCUAACACUGAGUGACUGACUUUAGACCAGAUCCAGACCAGUUGUUCUAACGCUGUGGAGUAUAGAUAAUCUGUUGUCUCUUACCUCUGAUCCUAGAUCAGAUAUCCUCACCCAGAGACCAUCCUGCUGUCCCUAGAUUAGAAAUGUUUUACUCAAACACUGCGUGUGCAUAAGAAAUGAUUCAGGAUCAGCUCUCCUCACCACAGACCUGACUUUAACAAUUACGAACUAAACCACACAACUGACUCAGUCAGUUGUUAAGGGCACUCUUGACCGCUAUCCCAUGAUGCUACAGCCUAAUGCCUCGAUCACACCGACAGUGUCAUUGCGUUUUGGUACACCAGAAGUACAUUAAUUUCCAAUGGAACGCUGCGUUAGCCUUGCAGCAUUGCGUUGCAGAGGCAGUUGCAGUGCGUUCUGUGUGGUGCAUACAUUGGAUUUAUUGAACCUAUGCGUCAAACUGUAUAUGUAGACGGCUUGACAGAAAUGGUAGCAGAAGGUGAAUGUUGAACUUUUGUUACACACUUAUCCAGAUGAUGCUGCGGACCAUUUCGCGCAAUUAUGCUGUCGGUGUGAUCAAGGCGUAAGUGGCCACCAUUGAAGACUGCUGGGAGUACAAUUUCUUAGUUUUUACUGUUAAAAUAAAAACAUUUUCUAUUUUUCAUAGAAUUUUCAUGCUUUUUCUAGAGAAGUGAAGGCAAAGUCAGUGAUUGUUUUGCUAACGAGACUUAUAGGCAUGCAUCUCAAUAGUCUUGAAAAUGCUUCCUCUCCUUGUCUCCUUCGCACUGAUCUGAAACUAGAGGAAGGGAAUAUGGUGGAAGCCUGAAAAGAAGGAAGGAAAGCCAUGUUAGACUAUUUGGACGCAGCAGUCUGUGUUUCGUACAAAUAGUUUCUGACUCUCAGGUUUGCUGUCUGUAAUAUUAUUCUUUGAUAACUGGAAAGAUGGGGGGCGUGUUAACAACACAAUCUUGAAAAAAUAUAUACUAGUCAAUUGUGUAGUCUUUGAAAUAAUGUAUAUUUGUUCAUUUAAUAACAAGGCGCUUCAUGUGAACUCAAAUGCCAUUUCGUUUCUGUCAAACAACCAGCCUUUUUUUUUGGUAUAAAAAUCAAGGUAUCAUUUAUUUGGGGCCAUAAUUUAAAUUUGUAACGCAUUUUCGAUAUUGCACAGUAUUUUAAACUGGUGUCAAAUAUACAUAGUUAUUGUAUGUCACAAUUGCCCCAUGCACUGACUACACCAGCUAUCAGGUACCACCUCUGCUUUGGACACAGCAGCUGUGUGUGUGUGUGUGUGUGUGUGUGUGUGUGUGUGUGUGUGUGUGUGUGUGUGUGUGUGUGUGUGUGUGUGUGUGUGUGUGUGUGUGUGUGUGUGUGUGUGUGUGUGUGUGUGUGUGUGUGUGUGUGUGUGUGUGUGUGUGUGUGUGUGUGUGUGUGUGUGUGUUGCUAUCCGGUGAAAAUAUCAUUGUGAAGAACACUUAUACUAUACACAGACAAAUGCCUGGCACACAGUCCACACCUUUACUGCAUCCACUAACAGUGUUUAAUUGAGUCUGUUUUGGUAUAGAACAAUAAAAUACAUAUUUUUGCUAUUAUCCUUAUUGUUUCUCCUGUGACUGUUUCUCUCUCUGUCUGCGUUUCUUCACAAACACCUGAGCCUCCCUCUCUCCUCUCCGCGACUCCAACAGCUUCAGGAUACUGUCAUCUGGACAAAAGGAGCGCACGUCAGUAUCAUGCAAGUACAUGUUCCUUUUCACAUAAGUGAAUUACCAUAAUCGUACCGUUGGGUUUGGGGUGUAUGAGCGGCAGGCGUAUCUGGGCCGGGUAGGGGUCUGGCUGUAACCCCGGCCCCCCUCCGACACCCGGCACUGCUUUCAGAGCCAGGAAGGCCUCCCCCUCGAAGUCGUCUGUUCUCAGGGUGUCAUAGUCCAACACUGUCACCAACAGACACGCCCCCGCAGCCUGGCACUGCUCCAAUGACACCAUACUGAUAGAGGGGGUACAUGGAGUAGACGACAAAGAGAGGGAUGUGGGAGAGAGUGAUUACCUGUAUAGUUCCUGAGGGUAGGCAAGAGUAGGAGACAAUGUUGAAGUGAAAAAAGGUGGUUGCUUUAACUCUUCUAACACGUUUUCAACAAAGAUCUGAGAGACUUGGAUUAUUCGUCUGCCACCAAUGUAGCGACGGAGGGGUAGCAGUUGGAGCUAGUGCUUACAACUCGAAGGCCUCGUCGAACAAGGGGUUGAGGUCACAGUUCUUGAUCUGUGUGUUGCGAGGCUCCACCUCAGGGAACACAUGACGAGGCUCCAGACACAACUGGACAAACGGAUCACUGGAACCUGGAGAGAGACAGAAGGGAUAUCUGAUCUUUAAGAAGACCUGUCUUGCACUUUCACAUCCAUAUAGAUCAAGGGAAGGAGACAAGGAGAGGAAACUACUGACCGUUGGAGUCCAUGGGUAGGAGGUUAGCUGCAUUCAACACUUCCACUCUAAGUCUAAGAUCAGAUCUCCUGUAGGAUGCUUUGAGUGUGACCGCGCCGUACUUCUCUCCACUGUAAACCUUCUGUUACACACACAAAAACGCAGAUUCAAUCCAAUGUAUUCAGUAUAGCUCUGUUUUUUACUGCUAUACCACACAAAUAGAAUACGCUCUUACCUGCUCCCAUACUUUUCUAUCCAGGAAUUUUUCUAUGAGCUGCUGGCAGUUGAGAGAGUUGUGUGUCAGGUGAGAUUUCAGAGUCUGAAUGAAUGAGGUGAGAGAGGAAAGAGGGUUAUUGUACAGUGUUCAUAACCCAAGGUCCCCCAUUUCAUGUUUCUACAUGUCCUUAUAGAACCAUAUAAAGUUCUAACAAUAUAAAGUGCAAUGUAACCAACAUGAACUCACCUUGUAGUCGUCUGUGUGUAGGGUAUCCAGUGGCAGUCCAUUCCCCUCAGCAUAAAAACACUGCUCCAGACACUGCAACACACAGUCAGAAAUGUCCUGAAGUGUGUACUUAAGAAAAGUGUAUUCACCUGGAGUGUGUACUCAGCACUGUACUAACCUGGAGUGUAUACUGCAGUACUAUACUAACCUGGAGUGUGUACUCAGCACUGUACUAACCUGGAGUGUGUACUGCAGUACUAUACUAACCUGGAGUGUGUACUCAGCACUGUACUAACCUGGAGUGUGUACUGCAGUACUGAGAGAACCUGGAGUGUGUACUCAGCACUGUACUAACCUGGAGUGUAUACUGCAGUACUAUACUAACCUGGAGUGUGUACUGCAGUACUAUACUAACCUAGAGUGUGUACUGCAGUACUGUGCGACCCCUGGAGUGUGUACUCAGUACUAUACUAACCUGGAGUGUGUACUGCAGUACUUUACUAACCUGGAGUGUGUACUGCAGUACUAUACUAACCUGGAGUGUGUACUGCAGUACUAUACUAACAUGGAGUGUGUACUGCAGUACUAUACUAACCUAGAGUGUGUACUCAGUACUAUACUAACCUAG